CAUUCGGUGAAAAAGGAAGUUUAGUAUCGCAACGAGUGUCUAGCUCUUUAUCCAUUGCGUGGUUUUUAUUUAAUAUCAGUUACUGCUCCACUGAAUAUUUCAUCAUUUAAUUUGAAAUCAGCAAAUGGGUUGGUGGAAACUUCAACACUGAAGAUGCAUCGGUUUGUUGGCAAUUUAUGAAUAAGGAUCGGAAUUAGAAAUGGCUUACAUCGUGUCAUCGUCAUUUUUGUAUAUGCUUUUGAUGUUAACUUGUACAAAAGUGAAAUCAUCACAGGAUGUUAACAUCACAAGACUUCUUCAAAAAUAUUUUACUUUGUGUGGUCCCGGUCACUUGUGUUUUUCUCAUGGUUUUGCUGGUUCGUGGACGAUGCGAGAUGUUACCAAUAUUGAGUACUCCUGUCCACCAUGUUCUUGUGAUAAGAAAUGUUUCCUGGAAUACAACUGUUGUCCGGAUUUAUAUUUCUCUGUUUCAGAACCAAUCUGCAAGUCAGCUGUGAUUCUAAAUGCAUCUGUCUAUGAACCUAAAUCAACCUUUCUUGUGAUUGAUUCCUGUCCGCAAAACACAGACAAAGAAACAGGACAAGCCUGUACACAUGAUUUAAGUGAAACUGAGAAAUUACUCUACCCUCCUGUCACCAGUAAAAAUACAUCGCUCACAUAUUCUAACCGUUUUUGUGCUGAGUGCAAUGCUGAUCUUGAUUUUGAUCCUUGGCCAACAGACAUCGUCUGUGACCUUUUCUUGGACAUCAAUUUCUUUUCUUCUUACGAGGAGGUAAUAGAGAAAGGAAAAGAGAAACGCUGUAAUAUAUUUCCGUAUCCUCCAGAUAAAGUACUUGUGAACGAUUGCAGCCACGAAGUACAAGUAUAUUUUGACUCUUGUAACAAAACAGGAAGUUGGGAAGAAAUCGACUAUGAUAUCCAACAUGGAUGCGAAUCCAGGUAUCGCAACAGUGACAAUCUGUUCACAAACAUGUUCUGCAAAAUUUGUAACCCCGGUUUCUAUGCAGGAGACAUGAUUGAUCGAUGUAACGUCUCCGGCAUGUGGGAUGUAUACAACGCAACAUACGAGAGUGGGUGUCUGAAUUAUGAUAUAAACACGGGUACAUUUCCAUACAAAAAUAUAUUCUGUUUAUCAUGUAAUAAACCAGUUGCACGUCACAAUUUCAGUUUUCCGGAAGUCGACAUGAAAAUAACACGAAACAAUGUGAAACGUGAUGCUCUCCCAGCGAGUUUUUAUUUCGAUAUUAGAAUCAGACAUUUUAACAUGGAGUUUUAUGGUAAUUUUUCCUCUGAAAUGAAUUACGAACAAUCAAAUGAUGACGGGAAGCAAGCACAGCGUCCGCAUAAAUCAGCGAAUAUAACAAAUAUCAUGCACAAAAAGAUAGCCCUCGGCGGCAUUGCGGAAACUUGUGGCAAAUAUGGAAUUCCAGACAGCUUCUCUACCUUGAAAAGAAAUUGUUCCUGUGACCAAACAUGUAUCUUCACUGACCAUCUAAUUGACUUUGAAAGGUGUUGUGCCGAUAUGCCCUUGUUAUAUCCUUCUCAAUGUCUGAAUGAAAAGAUAUUAUCUCAUAAAACAAUACGAAACACUGGCGAAGAAUUUUUGGUAACAAAUGGGUGUUUCAGAUCAGGCAAAUCCCCAGACAUCAUUGAGAGAGGCUGUCUCCAACAGUUUGAGGAUGCUUUUUCUUUGCAUCCGGUAACAGAAUUGUCCACUGGUAUACCGUAUCUGAAUAUGUAUUGUUUACUGUGCAACCAUGCUCCGUCACCCACGGUCGUACAGCACAAACCAUGGGAUAUAACGGCCAGUUGUUCGGUCUAUAUAGAGCAUUCCAAUUUCUUCCUAUUUUCGGAUUUUCUUAAAACAUUACGUGCUGCAGGCUGCGAUACAACGUACCACCCUCAACCUAGUCAGACAUGGUGCCGCCAAAAUAAUAAAAGUUAUUUAAAGACGUGUCCAAGCAAGUCUGUUUCAGUGAAAGACAAGUGUAAUAUCACGGGAAACUGGCCGAAGAACGACCCGGAUGUUAGAUGGGCAUGUGAAUCUAUACCAACAGGUGCUUUGGCUCGGUGGAGUAAUACUCAAAACGGCACUUUGACUGAGUUCAAAAAUGUGUAUUGUGCGUUAUGCAAUCCCCCGCAAUUGUCCGAUGUACUGGUUGAUAAAUGUUCAUAUGACAUGGAUUUAAUUAACGUUGAAGGAUGUCAUUUCUUUCCAACCAUUUUCAUCUUACCCCCAUACAGAAAUAUCUUCUGUGGAAAUUGUAAUGGAUAUCACCAACUAAAAGAAGAUUAUCUAGCAUAUCAAUGCCAAUCACAAUACAAAGAACACUAUAUCUCAGAUAUCAACCCUGGCGCCGGCGGAGUUCCUCUAAGGGGUUACUUUUCACCAUUUGAUACGAAGAUUUAUCAUUAUAUGUACCUGUAUCCGAAAAGCAUGACAAGUCUUGUAGUAACCAACGGUCGGGACAAUGGAUGCUUUCAAACACAAAUAUUGGACCCCAUAACAGGACUUUGUAGAAACGUUACGUGUUAUCCAGGGAAGAUUCUACACCUUGGGGAGUCCUGUAUACCAUUAUUCAGAGAAUCGAAGAAUCUGGGAUACAACAUAAAUGUCUACUUUACUGGUUCUGUUCAAUUCAACUCUUCCGCAACUGAUAUCCUAACUUAUGUAUUCGAAUUUAUGUCCGACAAAAUCAAGUCUAAUUUCAAAGUAAACCCCCUGAGAGAGUUUACUUUGCAAAUUGAUAAAAGAUGCAAAAAGGAUAUUUUACCCGAGAAUUCCGAUUAUUUUCAUAUGCAUCUCAGUUUCACGUUAUUUUUUCGAUAUCCAAUUUCGAGACUCCAAACAGAGUUAUACCUCGUAGAUAUCAAACAAAACUUAAGCAUUCCAGGUCUUUUUAUAAAUCUAAACACUUCUUCCAAUGGCUUUAUGCAGUUAUGUUCCUCUUUAAAUCUCUGGCCGUCGAUACAUAGCUCCACUGAUUCUAACGAUUAUCGUGUCGUUCGCGUCACCAACCUAUUAUUGUGCAAACAAAUCCAGUUCAAUCGUGAAGAAUUCCAAAUCAAUAACACCGGACGAAACUUGUUUCUGACACAAUACAAUAUAUCUUUAAAUGACGACGAGUUUGAUAUUCUACCUGAUGGUACGGCAAGGGUUUGUGUCUUUACCCUUACUGAAUUAUUCAACAACAGACGAGAGGCACACAAGAUUUACACUGAGAAAACCUCAUUAGAUACAGUGACAUUUGUGUCAUUGGUACUCUCGUGUGUUUUUCUCUUGAUAACGUUUUGCACAUACUGUAUAUUUCGCGAGCUUCAGACAUUACCAGGGGGGACAAUCAUGGUUCUUGUAGCUGUUUUGUUUACAACUCACAUUUUUGUCCUCAUAAGCUACGGGGAAGACGUGAACACAAAACGUUGUAUCGUGUAUGGCAUCAUCACCCACUACCUCUGGCUCGUGUCAUUCUUGUCAAUGAACGUCUGCAGUUUUCAUUUGUAUCGGGUUUUUCACUCUAAAAUUCCUCUGAACCAUAUUAGCAAAUGUCGUGCUUUAAGUAAAUACUGCAUAUAUAUCUUCUCCUUACCAGUCAUAUUUGUUUCAAGCAACAUUGCAAUGACGAUGUUGAAAUAUAGUGAUAUUGGAUACGGGAAAGUGAAAUGUUUUAUUGACGAGGGUCUGAACUUGAUUGUGUUUUUCCUCAUUCCAGUGGGUCUGUUGUGUGUUGCUAAUGUUAUUUUCUUUACCAAAACGUUGUCUACGAUUAUAAAAUCUCCCAAAAUCCGCAAAAAUAAAGCGAAGACGAAUGACUUUUCAAUAUUUGCCCGUUUAUUCACAAUAACAGGAGCUACCUGGUUAUUACAGAUUUUAGAUGGACUCCUGCAGCUCAAAAGCUUCUCCGUAAUUGUUAAUACAAUUAACAGCCUACAGGGUGUCCUGAUAUUUACGGCAUUUGUGUGUAGCAGUAGGACACUCAGAUUGUACAAAGGGUUGAUUCAAAAACGCAUCAAGAAAGAGGAAUCUGUAACUUCGGAAACAUUAGUGUAAUAAGUAGCAUCCAGGAUUGAUUGAUUGAUUGUAUAUUGUUUCACGUCCCUCUCGUGAAUAUUUCACUCAUAUGGAAACGUCACCAAUGCCGGUGAAGGGCUGCAAAAUUUAGGCCUAUCCUCGGCGCUUACGGCCUUUGAGCAGGGAGGGAUCUUUAUCGUGUCACACCUGCGGUGAUACGGGGCCUUGGUUUUUGCUGUCUCAUCCGAAGGACCGUUCCAUUUAGUCGCCUCUUGCGACAAGCAAAGGGUACUGAGGACCUAUUCUAACCCGGAUCCUUACGGGACAUAUCAGGAUUGCUUAGAAAUUCGGAUUUGUAAUUUCAGAUAUAGUAAAGAUGGCAUUUGUUGUAAGAUUUGAAAUUACUAGUCACCAAUUACAAACUACGUAUUAAAGAAUAAAAUCAAAUCCAUUCACUCUUUACUAGGACUGCCGAAAUACCGUGAAGUAAAAUGAAAACUAUGGCCCUAUUUUAUCAAAGGUGAACAGAAAUGAGGGUGAACGAAGGGAAAACUGUUGCUUCAUAUCAGAGAAGAGUUUAGAUUCCUCUUCACAGAAUAAACACUGUCAUUUUGAAUUUAGUUCAAUCAAAUUCAAUUCAAUGUAUAUACGUCCGUGUAUAAUAUAUUUUUCUAUUUUCGUGGAAUAGCAAUGCUUUGUCACUGUAGCAGUAAUAACCCUACUGAAAGCACUUACAGCUUGCCUAUCACAAUAGUGCGCUGUAUUUUAUUGCAGUACAUGACAUCGUUUCCUUCUGCUAAUUUGUUGAUUAAUAGUAAAUGAAAUACAAAGUU